ACCUGACAAAGCGUCUGAGGAGCAGAGACUGUCGGGGGAGGAAGAGAAGAGCCGGAGCUGGAGACGCGCCUGAGCCGGGUUAACGCACGCUGCUGCUGCGGGAUUUUAUCACAUUCUGCAUCGGACGACUCUCUCUGAAUCUCUGCAGCGUCUCAGCCUCGUCCAAGAUCCCUGGUAGCUGCAAAACUUUCUGCUCAGUUGACAGUCUCGCUGCUGGGGAGCGCUGGGCAUGUUUUUGCGCCCGAGAAGAAACUUGGUGACGGGGAAGGAAAGUUUCGGAGGAGACAGUGGCAUGGUUUUCCGAGCUGUUUUCGAAGGAUAAAGGGUGUCAACUCGGAUUUCUUUUUCGUGUCACCGGACUACAUUGCCAGAAUAUAUUGGAAUAUGUCUUUUUAUCCGAGUCGAUGCCGGCUAAUUGUGGAAUAGUAGGCUGAAAAAAGGCUGCGCCUCUCACAUUCUUUUUUUUUCUGCUUUGUGCUGUUGGAGACAUUCCUCCCUCUGGAUUCAGCUCAUGCUCUCUCCUCCCUUAUCUGUGCAUGCCAAAACAGAGAUUUCCACGAUUUUAUUCCUCCCUGUCCAGGUGAUUGGGUGAAUUCCAGUGAGUGCCAGACCGACCCUGCAGCAGUUGAUGGUUGGGCGGACCCCCUCAGAUGGGAUCAGUGUCCAGGGGGAGGUGGAGAAGGGGGGUAUGGGGAACCCUGUCCCCUGCUAACGGGAUGGCCUCGUGGGCCUGGCUGCUGACUGCCAUCCUGCUAUCCCUUCUUACCGCCAGCGUGGCCCGGCCGCCCCUCACCGCUACCAAGGAGGAGGAGGCCACUCUGGAACCUGAAGAGGCAUCGAACAAAUACCAAAUUUCUAAGCCCACGGUGUGCUCAGUGCACCCGGGGGAGCUGCUGAAGCUGAGCUGCCCUCUGCCGGCGACGGGGACCAUAACCUGGACCAAAGAUGGCAGCUCUUUGGGCACCAACAACCGCACGGUGAUAGAGCAGGAGGUGCUGCAGAUCCGUGAUGCCACGCCCAAGGACUCGGGCCUGUAUGCCUGCACCGGCGUGGGCAAAGACACGGUCUGCUUCAUAGUCAAUGUCACAGAUGCCAUUUCGUCGGGAGAUGACGAGGACGACACAGAGCGAUCGGAGGACACUGGGGCGGACGGAGUGCAGUUAAGCGCUCCGCACUGGACCUCCACGGCCAAGAUGGAAAAGAAGCUGCAUGCAGUACCGGCUGCCAACACGGUCAAGUUCCGCUGUGCUGCGGGAGGAAACCCCAAGCCGAGGCUGCGCUGGCUGAAAAACAGCAGGCCGUUCCGCCACGAGGACCGCAUGGGGGGGUACAAGGUGCGGCCUCAGCACUGGACCCUGAUCAUGGAGAGCGUGGUGCCGUCGGACAAGGGCAACUACACCUGUGUGGUAGAGAACGAGUUCGGAUCCAUAAACCACACCUACACCUUGGACGUAGUAGAGCGGUCCCCUCACCGGCCCAUCCUCCAGGCGGGUCUCCCAGCCAACAUCACUGUAUACGUUGGAGAGGACGCCCGCUUCGUCUGCAAGGUCUACAGCGACGCUCAGCCUCACAUCCAGUGGCUGAAGCACAUCCCCAAGAAUGGCAGUCGCUACGCCCCUGACGGACAUCCCUACGUCAGAGUGUUAAAGACGGCAGGCGUUAACACCACAGAUAAGGAGAUAGAAGUUCUCUUCUUGCCCAAUGUAACAUUUGAGGAUGCUGGGGAGUAUACGUGCUUGGCGGGUAAUUCUAUUGGGAUCUCCUAUCACACUGCUACUUUGACGGUGCUUCCAGCCCCAGAGAAAUCCUCAGGGCCCCUUUCCCCAGAUUACGUGGAGAUCGCGAUCUACUGCGCGGGAGUCUUCCUCAUCGCCUGCAUGGCGGGCAUCGUGGUGGUGUGCCGCAUGAGGAACACGGCCAAGAAGCCCGACUUCGGAGGGCAGCCCACGGUCCACAAACUGACCAAACAGAUUCCCCUGCGCCGCCAGGUAACAGUGUCUUCGGAUUCCAGCUCUUCCAUGAACUCUAGUGCCCCCCUGGUACGGAUUACAACGCGGCGGAGCUCUGCGCACGACAUGGCCAUUCCUGAGUUCGACCUUCCGGAGGAUCCGCGCUGGGAGUUUUCCCGAGACAGGUUGACCCUGGGCAAACCUCUAGGUGAAGGCUGCUUCGGCCAGGUCGUGAUGGCAGAAGCCCUCGGCAUCGAUAAGGAUAAACCCAAAGAGGCUGUUACUGUUGCAGUCAAGAUGCUGAAAGAUGAUGCCACCGAGAAAGACCUGUCUGACCUGGUGUCAGAGAUGGAAAUGAUGAAGAUGAUCGGUAAACAUAAGAACAUCAUUAACCUUUUAGGAGCCUGCACACAAGAUGGGCCGCUCUAUGUGAUAGUGGAGUACGCCUCCAAAGGCAACUUAAGGGAGUACCUGAGAGCCCGGCGGCCACCCGGCAUGGAAUACUCCUACGACAUUGCCCGCGUCUCUGACGAACAGCUCACUUUCAAAGAUCUGGUCUCCUGCACUUACCAGGUGGCGCGGGGCAUGGAGUACCUAGCAUCACAGAAGUGCAUACACAGAGACCUGGCGGCCAGGAACGUUCUGGUCACGGAGAGCAACGUGAUGAAGAUCGCUGACUUCGGCUUGGCCAGGGACGUCCACAACAUCGACUACUACAAAAAGACGACCAACGGUCGUCUCCCGGUGAAGUGGAUGGCUCCAGAGGCGCUCUUUGACCGGGUCUACACACACCAAAGUGACGUCUGGUCAUUUGGGGUGCUGAUGUGGGAGAUCUUCACCCUUGGGGGUUCACCCUACCCCGGCAUUCCCGUUGAGGAGCUCUUCAAGUUGCUCAAAGAGGGACAUCGCAUGGACAAGCCCGGCAACUGCACCAACGAGCUGUACAUGAUGAUGAAAGACUGCUGGCAUGCCAUCUCAUCACAUAGACCCACCUUCAAGCAGCUAGUAGAGGAUCUGGAUCGAAUCCUCAGCCUGAACACCAAUGAGGAGUACCUGGACCUGUGUGCCCCGACAGAGCAGUAUUCCCCCAGCUUCCCCGACACCCGGAGCUCCUGCUCCUCCGGUGACGACUCCGUUUUUUCCCACGACCCCUUACCGGACGAGCCCUGCCUCCCCAAGUACCAGCACAUAAAUGGGAAUGUCAAACGAUGAGGUGCCGCCCCCGCCCCAACUUCCAACCCGCCCCGACCUCAACAUCCCUCGACACGUAGCACAGACACUUUCCCUGAAACCUCCCCGCCCCCUCGUCGCUCUGGCUCCCCUUUGGACUAACGGGCCCAGAGCGGACCGGGCCAGUGGCAGUGCUGCUGUCACACACUCAUACUGCCAUGCACUCGCACAACACACGCAACUUUACUCAUGUGACGUCUUAAAAGAGAGGACAGGGACCUUUACAGAAGCUAUUUUCUACCGGCUGGAUGAACUGAAAUUCCCCCCGGAGACACUCCUCCUCCUCUUCCUCCUCUUCCUCUCUCACAUAAACACACAGCUUUUUCAUUUUGGUUCUCAUCUUUGUACCCGGAGAUUCAACAGCACGACUUGUUUGGCGAUCCAGUUGCAGUGGCUGGCAUUCCAGGACGCUUGUUUGCUCCUGGAGGAAUGUAUGGACCGAAAUCAAAAUAUGGGAAGACAAAUAGGAAACGGACCGAGAGACAGAGCUUCGACUAACAAAACAGGAUUAGGAGGAGAGCAAAUAUAAAAAAACCUCUCUCCUGUUUAUUUUGUAAUAUUGGUGCAUUUCUUUUUCAGUUCUCUCGAAUCUCCCCAAUUAUUCUGGAGAAAGAAAACACAGUAUAAUGUAUAGUGCUGGAUAUAUUUGUAAAUAUAUUCAAAUAUGUAUAAAAUAUAUUAUAUAUUUACAAUGAAUUAUUUUUUGUAUGGACUUGGAAAUAACCCCUCUGCCUCCCACCCUACGUUCUGUUUUAAGAAGCAGGCAUGCUAACAGAUAGCGUGUCCUAUAUUUCUCCUCACACACACUUAAACAUGCAGACAAGAGUACACACACCCACGGACACACACACACACACGCACACUUAAUACUUUAUCGCAGUAACACCGUUGAGUUUUGGCUUUCAGGGAGGUAGCAUGUUAAUUUAUUGACUUACUUAUUUUAAAUCGCAAAGAGUGGAAACAAUAUGGCAGAAAAAAGGACAUUAACGUUGCUGAUAUUAUGAAAAUAAUCCUUUAAAUGUAAGGUAAUUUAAAAUGGUCUUUCAGCAGUAACAGAAAAAAAGUAUAUAUAUAUAUAUAUAUAUAUAUAUAUAUAUAUAUAUAUAUAUAUAUAUAUAUAUAUAUAUAUAUAUAUAUAUAUAUAUAUAUAUAUAUAUGUAUUUUUUUUAGAGGGUUUGAAAGAUCAAGGUUUGAUAAGUUUUAUAUAUGAAUGUGAAUAUUAAGUUAAAUUUGAAAAACUGUACAUUUUAUAGUCAUCUAAUCCCUUUCUUAUAUAGCUGUUGAUGCCAUUUCUAUCCAGUCUUUGUUAGCUAUGCUUUAGGAAAUAAGACUCCUUCUGGAUAUUUAUAUCUAUUAAAAGGCAUACGAAUUUGGAUAUACCUGAUAACAGCCAGCUUCCACAUUUUAGACUAAAUAUACACUCAAAUUUUACAUUACAGAAUUGAAAUCUGAAAAGAAGUAUUUGUUUUCUACUGGACCAACAUUGAGAUGUCUUUUUGCAGGUGCUCAUGCCACAUUUGCAAAAUAAAUGUUGAAAAAACCCAUUCCUGUACAAAUCUCUGACUUUAUGGGUUGUUUUAGUUGUAAAGACUUUUGUGUGUGUUUUAUUUUCUACAACAGAAGAAUCUCUUAUCACUCAACUUCACCUUUCUUUGAGGUAUAUUUCUUGAGCCUUGCGUUUGAUGUCGGUGCGGAGGGGUAAGUAAGGAGUGGGAUUGUCCUCUGUAUCUGUAGUCGGAUCAGACGAAUCGAACAAAUCUGCAGGCACGCCAUAUAUGAGCAGUGUUUCUUUAUUUCAUAAAGAUGUGGUGUAAUCUUGUUUUAAAAAUUCACCUUCAACUGUCCAGACUCAAAUCUGCAAGCUCAGCACGAAAGCAGAGUAAAAACCCCCGAUCAAAUUAGACACUAAAUUUAAGUUAGUAGUGAGAGCAAUUUUGCUAAUGCAAAAGGAACGAGUAAUUGUCGUGAUAGUGCAUCUCUGUGUCUGGAUCUGUCUGGCUUUGAUCAGCCAAAGAGGCUUUGUUAGGCUUCUAUGAGAUGCUCUGAUUAGCUGAUUGAUUUCCUCUUCUGUCUUAUCACAACAGAUUUAAUUCAACAGAGUGAGUAGCAGAUGUACUUGAUUCGAUGUUAGUUAAUCAUAGCUGAUCUAUUAGCGAGUCUGAUUGACUGGUGGUGGCCAUGAAUCUGGCUGUGCUUUAAGAGGGAUCCACCUGGAUGGGAGAACCGCCCAGCGGGUCAUAGAACAGCUCUGUGUGACACAAUCCACAUGAAUGCUCCGUAUGAGUGUUUCACUGUCGCAGGUUUAUGCACCAAAAGCCUGUCAACAUUGUGAUCUGCCUGUCAUCCGGUAAAAGCUGCAGCCUUGCACACCUGAGCAGCAGAAAGCAGCUAUGGAGGAUGGAUGGAUGUAAUGAAAAGUAUUAACAAGAGAUGACAGCUGUGCUGUCAGCCCUGCGGAUCAGGCAGCACGGCUUUAUUUCCUAAUUAGCACUUACUACAAAGAGUCUGGUGGUUGAUGAGAAUGUAUUUAAAGGUAUUUACUCUAAAACAAAGAUGAAGCUGUUGAUCUUAGAUGAAACAUGACUUUUGUAAAGUUGGUGAAAUGUAUUUUCAUGGGGAGCAUGAGUGUCUAGUUCCAGUUUUGUUGAACUGAAUGAUACUUUAAUAAUUUCAAAUGGGAAUUAUGCUGAUGAAACAUACAUUACAGGGUAAAAAAUAAAUAACGUGUGUAAAAAAAACUAAAAA